AUGUCUGAGGAUGUCCAUCAAGAUGACUUCCCCUGGGCAAUUGGUGUCUAUGACGCACACUGCCACCCGACUGAUACCAUGGCCUCCAUCGCUGGCAUACCAGACAUGAAAGCGACUACCUUGACGAUCAUGGCGACGCGCGGUGAAGACCAGGAGCUUGUGCAGCAGACAGCAGAGUCGCUGAAUGAAUCAUCGGAUGCCAGCAGCGAGGAUCGUGUGGUCCCAUGUUUUGGCUGGCAUCCAUGGUUCUCACAUCAGAUCUUGGACGCGACACAACCAGCCAGCCCGGAAGGCAUGGCACAGCAGAAAAAGACACAUUACACAGCCGUCUUGACGCCAUCCCCGGCGGAAGACUUAGAGUUCAUUGAGUGUCUUCCAACCCCCAAAUAUCUUUCCGCCUUGAUCGCGGAGACGCGAAACCGACUGCAGCGGUUUCCCAAAGCGCUUGUGGGCGAGAUCGGCCUCGACAAGUCUUUCCGACUUCCUGGUACGUGGAAAGCGCAGGAACUCCAGAAUCGAGACGGAGGGCUGACGCCCGGAUCGCGCGAAGGGCGACCCCUUUCGCCGUACAGAGUGAAAAUGGAUCACCAGCGAGCCAUCCUCAAAGCUCAGCUCCGGCUUGCUGGGGGAAAUGCAGCGGGCCGUAUCAGUGCACAGCGUUCAAGCCCACGGAGCAGUGAUGGACGUGCUCAAAGAGCUUUGGAGCGGACAUGA